UGCCGCUAUUUCAUAAGAGGGUUAUACAAAGUACUUUGUUACAUGCCUAGGCAUUGCUUUAUUAAAACCGUCUAAAUGGCAGACAACCAGGAUGAUAUAUUCGUCAUAGAUAAAUGCGGUUCAUCAUUGUAAUUCUCUUAAUAAUGCUGGUAAAUAUUGUCUAGGGAUGACAAACAACCCGAUAUUACCUAUGAUUUUACGGAGUUAGAAGAGGAGUCUCUUACUACCAGCGCCCAGAACCAUAGGAGCCGAAAGCCUGUUUAUGGAAAGCGUUAUCACGAAGCGGACUUUGACAAUAAGUUUAGACCUGGAAGGAUAUCACGAGAACUACGAAAGGCACUAAAUCUGAGUAGUCAUGAUAUUCCAAUCCACAUUUAUCGUAUGAGAACAUUGGGGUAUCCUCCUGGCUGGCUGAAAAAAGCUGCUGUUGGUGGCUGUUUGCUGAUGUUUGAUUCAGACAACUCGGACAGCUUAGCAUCUGAACGUAAAGUGUCGUACAACAGAAACGCUCUUAUUGGUUAUCCUGGAUUCAAUGUCGAGUUGGAUCGUUCUGUUAGGGAUGAUUAUUUAUAUUUAAAAUGUCCGCCGAUGCAAAAACAUCAUAUGCUGGAUAAUUUCUAUGCUUCCUUGUCUUGUGAAUCGUCUAAGAAAUUCAGUAUUACAAGUACAAAUGGUAACCACUCACCCUGUGGCAAAAAGAAAACAGUUGAUACUGUUAUAACACUUUUCGAUUCGGAGUCUGGUGAAACUAAUUCGAACAGCUCACAAACAGAAGAGACUCCAGAUGAAGUUGAAGAACUUCAUUCAAAUCCAGAUGUUUUGAUCGUUCAUGAGCCUGAACAAGGAACACCCACACCACUCUGUCCCCUCACUACUAAAAAUGAUUCUGCUAAUGAAAUUACUGACCAGUCUUCAUUUUUAUCACCACAACCACCUAAACGUCCUACUUUGGAAGCUUUCAGUAUGGGUAUACAACCUUAUAGGCCAUUUGAAAAUCUUCCUGGUGUACAUGGUGGUUAUCAACGUGUACUCAACUCACUCAAGAAUUCACGUGAGUCUUUAGCAUCUCAUAAUAAUGUAUCAGAUUCAAAAAAUAUACAAGAUAAUGAUUAUCAGUCGUCAUCAGCUCGACUGAGUCGUCACAAUGGCAAUCACUCCUCUUUUAAAAGUAAUCGAUAUUAAAAAGAAUAUAUACCGUUCACUUUUGAGUUGCAUUUUAUAUUCUUCAGUGUUUAAAAAUUGAAAGAUGUAUAUAUGUGUAAAUUAUUCAACUCACAGCACUCACUCUAUAUAUACAUGUCCAUUGAUAUCUCUGACUUUGAUUUUAUUCAUUUUUCUGUAAAUUAAUAAAUUCACCUAAUUGUUAAUAUCUAUUUGAAAGUGUCAUGCAUGUCCAUUGUUAUUAAACAUUUGAGUAUCAUCUUCCAGUCUUCUAUCUUAUAUAUUUGUCAUUAAAAUUUGAAUACGACUGGUAUGUUAUUAUUGAUGCAUAUACUUUUUACAGAGAAAAAAAUCGGAAACUCAUUCAUAAAAGAUUUGACCGCUGGAUACAUUUACACAUCUGUUUAAAAAAAUGAAAAACUUUUAUUCUCA